UGUGUGUUCAUUUCUCUUGAUUGCCGCACUGCUUGUUUUUAUUCAAUAACUUUUAUAAAAAUAAGGAUAGCCAAGAUCUAAAGAUGAAAGUCGAUACAUCGCAACCCGCAGAUAAACCUAAAAUCCCGUUACCGACCCUCUCACAAAUAAAUGCUGAUAGAAUAACUCAACUCGCUUCCCAAUACUGGUCCCCACAAACUAAGGAAAGCCAUUUACCUUAUGAUGCUGCUAUUGUGGAGUCAAUAUACCAUGCAGAGAUCCUGGGGUCAGGAUUUGCAGUACGUCGGGUCAUGAUGCUGGAGUUCUCCCAAUACCUGGAGAACUACCUGUGGCCGCACUAUGAAGCCGGGAAGGCGUCGCACGCGCACAUGAUGUCCAUCAUCGUGAUGAUCAACGAGAAGUUCCGGGAAAGGGUUCCAGCUUGGCAGGCGUUCCUGAAAAAGCCAGAUCACUUCCCAGCCUUCUUCGAGCAAGUCCUCCGAGCGAGUGUAGCGGAAGACCACAACAGCAACAAUAUGCGUGAACAGACAGCGCUGCUGCUGUUCCUCAACCACUGCUUCGGCAGCAUGGAGGUGCAGCUCUGCCGGGACCAGGUCAAGCGGCUGGUCUCGCUCAGCAUGUGGAUCAGCCUCCAGGAAGGUCGCCGAAAUCAAGAGUUCAAAAUAGUGCCGAAGUGGCGUAAAUACUGGCGCGCUAUACAGAAGAAAGACAAGCCAGAGUUGAUGGACAAACUGAACUGGGAGCGGCGCUACCUGCAGCGACUCAUGAUCAAGUUCAUGAGGGUGCUGGAGAGCAUCCCACAGACUGGUGACGUGGACCCCAAUGUUGUGAGGUACUGCGAGCGCUUCCUGGAGCUGAUGAUCGACUUGGAAGCGCUGCUGCCGACGCGGCGGUUCUUCAACACGGUGAUGGACGACUGUCAUCUUGUGGUGCGCAGUCAGUUAGCCUCGCUCGCCCGCCGCCCAGAGGGACAGCUGUUCUCACAGCUUCUUCAAAUGCUGAAGUUCUACGCUCGAUUUGAAAUUUCGGAUGAGACGGGCGAUCCCAUGUCUGACCGUGAUAUGAAGCUGCAGCACUACUCACGGAUCACGUCGCUUCAGAAAGCUGCAUUCGCGAAGUUUCCAGACUUGCGACUAUUUGCUCUGGCCAAUGUCGCUAGCGUCGAUACCAGGGAGUCCUUACAAAAGCAUUUUGGGAAUCUUAGUGAAAAAGCACUACGUGCCAUCGCCACAUACCUGAAUCUGGUGCCCGCAGAAGGCAAGGAGGCGGAGGCGGCGUGGCAUCGCCUAGACAAGGAUUUCCUUAAGGAAUUACUGAUAUCGCGCCACGAGCGUCGUAUAUCCCAACUGGAGGAGCUGAACUCUAUGCCCUUGUAUCCCACGGAGGACGUGAUAUGGGACGAGAACGUGGUUCCUACAGAGAUAUACAGCGGCGAGAACUGCCUCGCGCUGCCGAAAUUGAACCUGCAGUUCUUGACGCUGCACGACUAUCUGCUGAGGAACUUCAACCUGUUCCGAUUGGAGAGCACAUACGAAAUUCGCCAAGACAUAGAAGAUGCUGUCUACAGAUUAGCUCCAUGGCGUUCUGAAGAUGGGAGCGUAUACUUCGGUGGCUGGGCCCGGAUGGCCCACCCUGUCAAGAGUUUCGCAGUGGUGGAAGUGGCCAAGCCGAACAUAGGGGAAAAGGCACCUUCGCGCGUGAGAGCUGAUGUAUCCGUCACUUUAAGCGUCAGGAACGAAAUCAAGCACGAGUGGGAAAGCCUCAGAAAACACGACGUAUGCUUCCUGAUCACAGUCAGACCCAGUCAGGGGAUAGGCACCAAAUACGACUACAGAAAGAGCAUGGUGGACCAAGCUGGCAUAGUGUACGUGAGGGGAUGCGAGGUCGAGGGUAUGCUGGACGCUUCUGGGAGGGUCAUAGAGGAGGGCCCUGAACCGAAACCGGAGUUGGAAGGAGACACCAGAACGUUCCGGUUACUCCUAGACCCCAAUCAGUAUAGGCUGGAUUUGGACAGAGCCAGCAAAGGCAAUGAGGACGUGUACGAAACGUUCAACAUUGUGAUGAGGCGUAAACCAAAGGAGAACAACUUCAAGGCAGUGCUCGAGACAAUCAGAGAGCUCAUGAACACUGAAUGCGUGGUACCCGAAUGGCUACACGAUAUCGUUUUGGGCUACGGCGACCCGGGCCAAGCGCACUAUACCAGGAUGCCGAAUGAGAUCCCGACCCUGGACUUCAACGACACAUUUCUGGACAUGGAGCAUCUCCGCAACAGUUUCCCAGGCUACGAGAUCAAAGUUCAGACUGAUGACCCGCGGAAAUUAGUCAGGCCCUUCAGGUUGACGUUUGAGAAUGUGGUCCGCAAGCAAGAGGCGGGUGACGCGAUGGAUGACGACGACGAGCGAAAGGUGAUCCUCGUUCAACCCCACGUGCAGCCCAAGAGAGGGCCCUACCUCUACAAUGAGCCCAAGAAGAACAACAUACUCUUCACACCUACGCAGGUGGAAGCCAUCAGAUCGGGAAUGCAGCCAGGCCUGACGUUGGUGGUCGGCCCUCCGGGAACAGGAAAAACGGACGUAGCAGUACAAAUAAUAUCGAAUCUGUACCACAACUUCCCGUCGCAACGCACUCUGGUAGUGACGCACAGUAACCAAGCCCUGAAUCAGCUGUUCGAGAAGGUGGCUGAGCUGGAUGUGGAUGAGAGGCAUCUGCUCCGUCUGGGGCACGGAGAAGAAGCGCUGCAGACUGACAAGGACUUCUCGAGAUAUGGCCGAGUAAACUACGUGCUAGCGAAAAGAAUGGAACUCCUCGAACACGUGGGGCGCCUCCAGAGCACCCUGGAGGCGGGCGGCGACGCGGGCGCCACCUGCGAGCUGGCGCACCACUUCCACGUGUACCACGUGCGCCCGCGCUGGCAGGCCUUCCUCGACAAGUGCGCGGCCGAUCAGUCGAAGUCUGUAGACACCGUCAGCAAGGAAUUCCCGUUCCAUGAGUUUUUCGACGACGCGCCCAAACCACUGUUCCCGAGGAAAUCGUAUGAAGCUGAUAUGGAGAUCGCCAAAAGCUGCUACAGGUACAUUGACCACAUAUUCGAGGAGCUGGAAGAGUUCCGCGCGUUCGAACUGCUGCGGUCUGGACUGGACCGCUCCAAGUACCUGCUCGUGAAGGAAGCCAAGAUCAUCGCUAUGACGUGCACGCACGCAGCCCUGAAGCGGUCCGAGCUUGUGCAGAUGGGUUUCAAAUAUGACAACAUACUCAUGGAAGAAUCGGCCCAAAUUCUGGAGAUCGAAACCUUCAUCCCCUUGCUGUUGCAAAACCCUCAAGAUGGGCGGUCGAGACUGAAGCGUUGGAUCAUGAUUGGUGACCACCACCAGCUGCCUCCGGUGGUCAAGAACAUGGCCUUCCAGAAGUACUGCAAUAUGGAGCAGAGCCUGUUUACUAGGAUGGUCAGGCUUGGGGUGCCCUACGUUGAACUCGACGCCCAAGGUCGUGCUAGACCAAGCAUCUGCAACCUAUACCGCUGGCGGUACCGUGCGCUCGGCGACCUGGGUCACGUGACGCGCCAGCCGGAGUACCGCGCGGCGAACGCCGGGCUUCGGUACGACUUCCAGCUGAUCAACGUGGAUGACUUCAACGGCGCCGGCGAGACAGAACCCAGCCCAUACUUCUACCAGAACUUGGCAGAAGCAGAAUACGUGGUGGCAGUGUUCAUGUACAUGAGACUGGUGGGCUGGCCGGCUGAACGGAUCUCCAUCCUCACCACAUACAACGGCCAGAAGCACCUGAUCCGUGACGUCAUCGACAAGAGGUGCGCCGAAAACCCGCUCAUAGGGAGACCGCACAAGGUGACAACAGUGGACAAGUACCAAGGGCAGCAGAACGACAUCGCCCUGGUAUCGCUGGUGCGCACCAAAGCGGUUGGCCACGUGCGCGACCUGCGUCGUCUCAUCGUGGCCGCGUCGCGUGCGCGCCUCGGCCUCUACGUAUUCGCGCGUGCCAACCUCUUCAGAAAUUGCUUUGAACUGCAGCCCACCUUCAAUCAGCUAGUCGAGCGACCACUAGAGUUGGAGCUGGUCCCGGGCGAGCGCUACCCGGCGCAGCGCGCGGCGGCGGCGAGCGUGCCCAGCGCGCUGGCGCUGCGCGUGCGCGACAUGCCGCACAUGGCGCGCUACGUCUACGACAUGUACCUCGACCAGAUACGACAGAGGAACGCGCACUACGAGGUCAGUAUGAUAUUAUUUCAGAUUGGAUCAAGACCCGUGAGUGAUGACGAGAUCUUAGAUGGAGCAUGCCUACUCACCUUCCGACCUGUGACAUGUUCUGAGUGA